CACUGUUUUACUGUUAUGUGUAAAUUUUCUCUAUCUAUUUCCUUUACUAGUGGUUUGUUUGAGCAAUUUCUGUCAACAUUGCCGACUCUAUUGGUUCAAAUCAUCAGCCACAGUGCUCAGAUAGAUCAUAUUCCUGCAGCUGUCACCCCAAUUCUGAAGGCUAUCAAGAGGGCAGCUUGCCAGAAGCAAAGUAGCUUACAAGAUCAGCUUCAGAAUGAACUCCUCAACAUUUUUAGUCUCAUACCCCGUGUUAGUGCUGUCUUGCAACGAGACAUGCUUGAGAUCGUCUAUCGUCUAGAUCAUUUCACUGACAAGCAGUUAAAUAAGAUAGUGCUACUUAGUCGAAGUCCUGCGGUGUUAAUUGAAAAUAUUGCUUAUAUUCUAGAAAUUCUACAACACAGACUGAUUCGAUUAAGUUCUCCUUCUCCAACUGAAGUCAACCAAUAUUUCACUCUCCUUUUCUCUACUGCUUUAGGUCAGAACCAGAAGGAACUUUCAAGUUUGCCUAAUCAAUCUGAUCUAAACUCACUGCAUUUAUCUGGAGGGAUGCAAGGCACAAGAGUGUUGUUUUCUACCCAGUCUACAACCACUACACGGCAUUGUCAAAUUGUGAAAGUUGUUUGUUCUCUACUCACCAGUUGGCCUAAUACAUCUCAGGUGCAGAUUUUCAUGGAUAGGUUACUCUGUGAUCUGUUGGAACGUUAUGCAUUGCUAUCUGAGGAAACUGCUCUUGGUGUAAUAAAUAUCGGUAAUGCUGUUGAUAUACAUAAACUAUAUAUGUCGCAAGUAACUAUCUACCUGACCCACUUAUGUCACAACGUCCUACAUCAGCUGAAGUACAUGAACGACACAGAGAACAGCAUCUGGCUGCAUACAAAUCAAUGUGAUGAACUUUGGCAUUCUGCCAUCACAUUCCUUAAACUUCCAACACACGCUAUGUCUCAGUUGUUAGCUGACAGUAUAUAGCAUUAGCUGUGAUUAGACAUCAUGCAAGACUGAAUUUUAUGAAAUAUCAAUAAUUAUAUUAUUAAAAUAUUUGUUUCAUA